AUGACUCCGCAGCAAGCGCAGACGGCGCAAGGGAUUGUGAAUGAGCAACUGGGAAGACAGGCGCGAGGUGUGCCUGAGCACUUCGGCAGGAUGCCUUUGCAUCCAGAUGCUUCACGCGCAAACUUCGUCAUUCCUCCGACAAUAGACCAGGGUUUGGGUCAGAACUACCAGGGUAGUGAGGGUGUUGGCGUUUUCUCCAGAGCUGACAAGUGGUUAGGUCAGCCUCCGGGUCCAUCUGUAGAGAAGUGGACGUCUCGUGAGCUUGAGAUCGCAGGGUUUGCAGACUACGUUGUAAGCUUGCAGAGCUGGGCUGCUUUGGGCAGCAUGACGUUUUCUGAAGAGAUUUCCGUGUCAUUGAGGUGGCCAGAUACGAUUUGGCAACAAACUCUUACCAAUGUUCAGAAAGUUCGGUCGGUGAGGCUGUAUGGCAUACUUAGAGCUGCUUUUGCGGAGCAUGCUAGGGCAAGUCUUAUGAUUCAAGCUUUCAGCGAGGGACUCACGUUGGAUGGCAAUCCUGUUCAAGACCCUGGUAGGCUUUUAGGCAACACGACAUGUGGGUUUGAACUUUUGAGACAGCUUGCACAACAGUUCUCGUUGCGUAGCAGAGCGGAAGCCUUGAGUAUGAGAUCCGAGCUUUUGCAGCGUAUCUUUGCUUUGAAGAACUCAGAAGCGAGUCAGGCUACUAUGGUUGGUGAUGUGAUUCGGAAGAUAGACAUUGAGGUAGCUAGGUACUGGAAGCUUUUGGGGACACUGCCUUCUCACCUUGACCGUCAGGGUUUGAGCAUAGGAGAUGGGGACAUGCUUGUUAUUUUGUUGAGAAGUUUGCCAGAAGAAGCCAAGAAGUAUGUUCUUCACCACUCUCCUUCAGACACGUACUCGGUUGCAAGAACAGCGGCUUUAAAGUUUGAGCAACAGCAGCGCUUGUUUUUGGAUCUGAAUUUUGGGUCGCGCAAGACCAUGAGUGAGUUGUUUGACUUGACCCACUCAGAUGAGGAUGGUGCGUGGGACACAGCAUGGUAUCAUGAUGCGACAGAACAUUCCAUUUCAGCAGUGAGCGGAGAUCGAUGUGAGAAGUGCGGCAAGAAGCAUCGCACCCAGGUUUCAGGUUCUGGUGAGGAGGAGUCAUGGUCUUGGGAGGAGACAUGGCAGGAUGAGGCUUGGGGAGCUCAGGAUUGGGGAGAAGCAUGGGCAGAUCAGGAUUGGCAGGGUGAGACUUCUGAGCAGCAGCAGCAGCAAUCCGAGUCUAAGCCAGACAAGCUUCAGUUGAGCGCGUUAAUGUUGAGCCCCUUGUUUGUGUCCAGCCUCCACAACGAUGCAGAGUAUUGGCUCUUGGAUUCCGGUGCGAGUGUAACUGUGUGGACAGUAGAGCCUCCGGCCGUGGCAAACAAUUCUGAAGGCAAAGCUGUGGAGGUCCCAAACCUUGGUGGUGGGAUCAGUCUAGAAGACAACUAUCCAGAUUAUGAGUCGGCGGCUGAACAUGCUGGGCUGACAAUGGGACUAACAGAUGCUAUGACUGUGGAGCAAGAGAUGGAUUUGAUUGGUUUCAUUCCCUUUUCUGUGGGUGUGAAUAGACGCUAUCGGGACGCAGGCAUAGACUACGAUGAUGGUCUUCUGGAAAGGUUUGAGAGAUUGGGAUGUGCUGGUCUGACGGCUGAAGAGUUGUCAGAUGAGUAUCGCUUUCAGCUCAGUGCACCUCCAGAGGUGGAGACUGGAGGUGGGUAUAACCAUCCAGGUGAGAUCCCAAGUGGUUCUGCAACUGUGAGGCGUGCAUCUGUCCGGAGACGAAAAGGGAAAGCCAUUUGUGUUGACUUUGAGGCGCGAAUUUACCACUCUGGUAACAACGACUGUGGAAAUGGAUUAACUCGCUUUGUGGCUUGCAAGCUUUGUCAAGCUAGAGUGGGCGAGCACAUCCUCCAGAUCUACAAGUUUGGGUGCUUUCACGCUCAAAGCUGCCACAUGCUGGUUGAGAGACCGCAGAGCAUUUCCUGUGCUCCUUGCCGUCACUGUGUCGAAGCUCUGAAAGAGGAGUUUGGGAACCAGUGA